CUCAAGCUCCUGAGACAUCUCACAGAGGGCAGAGUCUCUGCGCGCAGUGCACGAACGCGCGAGCCGACGUGGUCUAAGAGCCGUGUCUCGGAGCCCAGAAGCACAAGCGCCCAGCGAGACCGCUCAGCAGGAGCCGUCUCAGCCGACCCACCGCACAUCUGGUCCAAAAAGUUGAGACUAACACGCAGACAACGAUGGCCACGGUAGAACUCGCCAUCUACGAUUUAACGAUGGGCAUGGCCAAGCAGAUGGCCGCGCCCCUCGCCGGUUUACUAGAUGGCAAGAGCGUCGAGAUGGUCCCGCACACGGGCGUGCGAGUCUUCGGGAGGGAGAUCGUGUACGCCGGCGGCGUGCUCUCGCAGCCGAUCGCCACGGUCGAGGCGGGCAUGGGCCGCAAGCCCAAUACGGUCGAAAGAUUAGGCACUACAACAAAAACCGAGGCCGAGGUCCAAACUUUUUUGCGGAGCAUCUCCCACGAGUGGACGGCCCAGAACUACGAUUUGUGGGAGCACAACUGCAACAACUUCUCGGAGCGCGUCGCCCAAUUUUUGGUAGGUAGUUCGAUCCCCAAAUGGAUUCUGGACUUCCCGCGGGACAUGAGAAGCACGCCGCUCGGCCAGAUGCUCGCGCCGAUGCUGGGCACGUCGCAGGACGCCCUGAAUGGGCAGUUGGGCACGUCGGGCUACGUGGCUCCCGCUACGGCGGCGUCCGCGCCGGCGCCGGCGCCGCCGGCGCCCGGGGACGCCAUGGCGGUCACGGUCAAGCCGGCCACGGGCUCCGCGGCCCCCCGGACGCUGGCCAUGUCGAAGACGGCGACGGUCGGCGAUUUACGAAAGGCCCUCGGCGUCGACUCGGCGCCGCGCUUUGUUUUUAUGGGCAAACUCCUCGCGGACGACUCCAAAACAUUAGCGUCGUACGGCGUCGCCGACGGCCUCACCAUAUUACAAGUGGCGGGCCGCGGAUCUCCAGUAACGUCGCCUGCGCCCGCCGCGGCGGCGGCGCCUACGACGGCGACGACGCCGCUGGCCGCGUCCAUCGCGCGCGCCGAGGCGAGCGGCGGCGCCGACGUCCUAAGGACGCUCCACCGCAUCCUCUCGAACAUCGUCCAGCACCCGACCGAGGCCAAAUACAGACAACUCAAGACGACGAACGCGGCGUUCCAGCGCAAGUGCCUCAACCACGACGGCGCCCGGGACGUGUUAAUUGCGGCGGGCUUCGUGGAAAAUGACGGUGUGUUGACGAUGACGCCGUCGGCCCAGGCCUACCCCAUCUUGACGGCCGCGGAGCGGGCGUUAUCAGCAAGAUUGGACGCGAUCGAGGCGGCGGCGCGGGGGCCCCCGGCCGCUCCUGGUAUGCCGGACCUCUCGGCGCUCAUGGGCGGCGGUGGUAUGCCAGGUAUGAUGGGCGGCGCGGGCAUGGGCAACGUCAUGCAGGAGCUCCAGCGGAACCCGGUGCUGAUGCAGCAGGUGCAACGCUUGAUGAGCGACCCCGCGGCGAUGCAGCGGGCCAUGGAGACCAUCCAGCGGAACCCGCAGCUGGCGCAGAUGAUGGCGCAGCGCAUGCAGGGCGGCGGCGGCAUGCCUGAUCCACAAACGAUGGCGCGCAUGAUGCAGGAUCCCGCCGUGCAGGCGCAGAUGCGGCAGCUCCAGGCGUCGUUGGGUGGUGGUAUGGGCAUGCCUCCUCCCAUGGGGGGCAUGGGCGGCGGCGCCGGGCCCGACCCCGGCGCGCUCGCCGCGGCGCUCGCGGGCCUGAACAACGGGACCGGCGGCGCGGCGCCAGCGCCGCAGGCGAACAACGUGAACGAGAACGGCGACGCCAUGUCCGAGGAGGAGGCCAUCCAGGAGGCCAUCCGGCGGUCCAUGCGCGAGCAGUAGUCCCCGU